AUGGACAAAUUGACACAACAUAUUCAAGGGGAGGUGUCGUGGUGUAUGUUAUUCACGGAUGAUAUAGUAUUGAUUGACGAGACGCGUAGUGGAGUUAAUGCUAGGCUGGAAGUGUGGAGAGAGGCCCUGGAGUCAAAAGGAUUCAAGUUAAGCAUGACGAAGACAAAGUAUCUAGAGUGUAAGUUCAGUAAUGUGAUGUCUGAGGCGGAGAUGGAAGUGAAGAUUGAGGCAUUAGUCAUUCCUAAGAGGGACAACUUCAAGUAUCUUGGGUCCAUAAUCCAAGGAGAUGGGGAAAUUGAUGCUGACGUAGCACACCGUAUUGGGGAUGGGUGGGUAAAAUGGAGGCUCGCCUUCGGGGUACUGUGCGAUAAGAAAGUGUCGCCAAGGCUUAAAGGUAAGUUUUACAGAGUUGUGGUGCGACCAACAUUUUUUUAUGAGGCAGAGUGUUGGCCAGUCAAGAAUGCCCACAUUCAGAAGAUGAAUGUGGUGGAGAUGAGGAUGCUUAGAUGGAUGUGUGGGCAUAUUAGGAGGGAUAUGAUUAGGAAUGAAGUUAUACGGAAUAAGGUGGGAGUGGCCCCUGUGGCGGACAAGAUGAGAGAAACGAGACUGAGAUGGUUCGGUCAUGUGGAGAGGAGAUGUGAAGAUGCGCCAGUGAGGAGGUGUGAGAGGUUGGAUAUAUCAGGAGUUAGGAGAGGUCGAGGUAGGCCGAAGAAGAAUUGGGAGAGGUGA